AUGGAUUUUCAGAAAAAGAGUGGCGCAAGUUUCCCUGAAAAAGGCUCAACACUUAAGAAACCCGCUACACCUAUCAGUGAAGUGGCAGCGAAAGCGGAAAUGGCGAAAGCAGAGGCUCCUGGCUCUGAAAGGACUGAUUCCGGUGCUUCAUUGGGCGCUGAUAAUCCUCAGGUUAUAGCGAUCAUUAACGAACCACCUGGUGACGAGGUUUCGGAGGGCUAUCUGGAUAAGUUGGAAUUUGUUCUGGAGACUGCAGGGACGUUUAUGUGGGGUAUGAAAAAGCAUAUGGCAGCCGAUGAGGCAGCAUGGAGGGAGCUUGCUAAAAGAAUCACACUUCUGCGAGCAGAGGGUUAUGACGUAAGGGCUGGUACUAAAGAAGCGAAACUUCGGCGGCUAACUUCGACCCAAAAUACAAGUCUUAUGGAAAAAGUGACCAGAAAAAAGAAGGUCGGUUCCCGAAAUUUACUGAUUAUUAUCAGGCUUAUUACCGUAUUAAGGUGA